GAAUAAAAAUGAAUUCUCUCGGUAAUAUAACCUUAAAAAAUCCAGAGUAGAGAUACAUAUAUAUAUAUUAAAUAAUUUUUACAGUUACAAGCAUUCUUCAAUUAAAAAGAAGCAUGAUUUAAAUCAGUAAUGAUACUGAUCGAUUGUAAAAAUAUUGCCGCACUGUAAUUGUGUGUAAAAAGUAUCGUAAUUAUCUAAAAUAUUGUUAAUGAACGAACAAUAUGGAGAAUCAAAAUAUAAUUAACUCGAUUCGCAGUAAAUUGCUAUUUUAACUAUUAGUUUAUACUGUAUGAAAAACUUUUGAAAUGGCAUCUGAGGACAUCAAUCAGCAAACAAUAGCAACUUCCUUGGAAGAAACUGGGCAACCUGUUAAUAAUACUUUACAGCAGGAAAAUAAUGUUAGAGAUGUAAAUUCAACAAAAUUGCCGAAUCAUGGAACUCGACAACAUAAUAAUCUUUUAAAAAUACAGCAGCGCAAGCAGCAAAUAUAUAAUUGGCCACAAACCAAGAAACUAAUGAAGCUUGCGAGUUACAGCAGUUGUCAAGCAGAAGAAUGCAAAUGUAAUGGCUGGAAAAAUGCGCAACCAGUUAUAAAAACACAAAAAGGCGAGACACAGCAGUCUAUUAUAAACUUUUUGGAUCCAUGCAAGACUUGUACUCAUACUUUAGAAAGUCACAUUAAGCAUAUAUCAGUGCAGUCCGAAGAUGAAAUCAAUAGAUUAUUAGGGAUGGCUAUUGAUGCGGACAACAUUUUCAUGACUAUACACAAAGAAGAAGAUAUCGAUACUAGAAAGGUAUAUUUUUAUUUGUAUAAAGUAUUGAGGAGAUCUAUUUUAUCUAGGACAAAACCAACUGUAGAAGGUCCAUUAGGACAACCGCCAUUCGAGAAACCUAGUAUAGCAAAGGCAGUGAUGAAUUUUGUGUUAUACAAAUUCAGCCACUCUUCUCCAAGAGAAUGGCAAAGCAUGUACGAUAUGGCAAAAAUGUUUCUACACUGUCUGAAUUAUUGGAACUUUGAAUCACCCAGCACUAGAAAAACAAGUGUUAUGGACGAAAGUCCUGCUUACAAAAUUAAUUACACCCGCUGGCUUAUGUUCUGCUAUGUACCUACGUUUUGCGACUCCUUACCUCACCAUGAUACUCCAUUGGUCUUUGGCAAGACUUUGCUACAAGCUGUAUUCAAACCACUUUAUAGAGAAUUAAUGGACAAGUGCCAUAGCGACAGAGAAAAAAUAACGCCAGAGAAGAGAGUUAUAGUUUUAACUCAUUUUCCUAAGUUCCUUUCGAUGCUAAAAGCAGAAAUUUAUUCUAAUAAUUCGCUCAUGUGGGAUCCCGAGUUUAAACAAGCACCUCCUUCUCAUCUGCAAGCUGCAUUGGAAUCAAAGGCGCAUCAAGCGCGAAAGACAGGGGAAUUUGAAAGAGUCAUUGCACCACCAAAUGAGAAGGAUAAUUAUACUACAAUAAAUAUUAGUCCUGGACCUGGAAUAAGGAAGCUUGCCGAAAAGCGUUCUUAUUCCGAAGGACGGCACGAAACGGCAAAGAAACGAAAAGGAGAGGAGGCUUUUGAGGAUCUACCUGAUGAUACUAUUGUUGAAAUUGUUGCGACUAUUAAUGACCCCAAUUAUAUGUGUGGCCCUGAUGCGGUAUUUCCACCGGACGGUCCACGGGAUGAAGCUGCUAAGAAUGAAGAAAGCGAGAAAAUUAUAGAAUUUCACAUUGUUGGAAACAGUCUCACCCAACCUGUGUCUAAGCAAACUAUGCUUUGGCUGAUAGGAUUACAUAAUGUAUUCAGCCAUCAAUUGGUCAGAAUGCCGAAAGAAUAUAUAUCUCAAUUCGUUUUGAUCCGUGAGAAGCAUAAAACUUUAGCUUUGAUAAAGAAUGGCCGUCCAAUUGGCGGUAUUUGUUUUCGCAUGUUUCCUACUCAGGGCUUCACUGAGAUAGUGUUCUGCGCUGUUACUAGCCAAGAGCAAGUAAAGGGUUAUGGAACACAUUUGAUGAAUAUGCUGAAAGACUAUCAUAUAAAAAAUAACAUAUUGCAUUUUCUCACAUUUGCGGACGAAUUUGCAAUCGGAUACUUUAAAAAGCAGGGAUUUAGCAAAGAUAUAAAAUUACCGAAAUCGAUGUAUCAAGGAUAUAUCAAAGAUUAUGAAAGAGCGACAUUAAUGCAUUGUGAAUUAAACUCUAAAAUAGUAUAUACCGAAUUUACAUCAGUUCUGAGAAAACAAAAAGAAAUCGUCAAGAAAUUAAUUUAUCAGAAGCAACAGGAAAUACAAAAGGUUCAUCCUGGCUUGACGUGCUUCAAAGAGGGUGUGAGAGGCAUUCCCGUGGAAUCAAUUCCGGGAAUUCGGGAAACCGGAUGGAAGAGUUAUGCGCAAGCGAGAACGAGAGGUCUGGCGAAAGGAACGCAAAAUUUAGAACUUAUAGAUUGCAUAGAUAUGUCGGAGUCUCUAUAUAACGCUUUAAAUAGUGUUUUGAAUAGUGUAAAGAAUCACAGUACGGCUUGGCCAUUCCUAGAACCUGUAGAUAAGGACGACGUGCCAGAUUAUUAUGAUCAUAUAAAAUAUCCUAUGGAUCUCAAGACUAUGGAAGACCGUUUAAAAUCUAGAUACUAUGUAACUAGAAGAUUAUUUAUAGCAGAUAUGACACGGAUUUUUACGAAUUGUAGAUUAUACAAUAGUCUAGACACUGAUUAUUAUCGCUGCGCCAAUGCUCUGGAAAAGUAUUUUCAGACACGUAUGAAAGAGAUUGGUCUAUGGGAUAAGUAGAAUUUUUUCAAAUAUAUCUCCUCUUGUGUGAUAUAAUAUAAAAAAUACAAAUAUGAUCAAUAUGUAUAUUUGUCUAUUAUUCCUCUAUUACUUCUAAACACACAUGUGUACGCACACAGAGUUUCCAUAUAAUUUUUCAUUACAUUAUAAAAUACUAUUCUAUGAAGAGAUACUCAUGAAAGAACCAUGAAAGAAAAAAAUCAAUAAAUAAAA